UGCCGCUAAAGUAGUUGAAUCUUCACGAUAUUCAGCAGGCCGAAACAAGCGGUGUAAAAGCGUAAACAAAAGAUUAGACACGUCUACACGGGGAUGGCCAUCUUUCGUCACACAACGGAAUUAUUGAUAACAUUCACGCAUCAUUCAUUAAACGAGGGAAUGAAAUUGUCUCCGGCCGACGUUACAGCCCGCCCCCGAACUCGCCACCGCUCGCGGUGAGACCUCUCUCGUCGACGGAGAAUCUAGCCUAGUUUCGUGAACGUACCAUGUUGGCGCUAGCGUCGGGCAAGGAGGCCGGGGUAGGUCGGCAAAACGAGACGAUGUACGUUCGAGGGAGGGAACGGACCGUGGUGAUAGUCGACGAGGACGCUGGGUGGUGAGUGCCACCGUUACGGGUCCUCCUCGGGUCCAACCGUCAGGACCAGGGACAAUUUCUCGGUUCUCCUUCUGUUUGACACGCGUUUUGCCACCGUGAAACGGGGAAAACAACAAGAGAGAAAGGACAGAUCGAUAGAACCGGCGGUAGCGGCGGCCAGUGUGCUUUUGCUUGCUCGCCUCUGCUUAGCCCUCGGUGCGUGCGUGCUUGCCUGCCUGCUUUCCUUUUCCUUGCGUGGAUUUCGUUCCGUGGGCCAGCGAGGACCAAGCACACGGGGUGCGGCCAACGAUGGUGAAAGCCCCGACCAUGGGUCCCUCCGCCGGUCCCCAGGGGAUCAGGAAGAUUCACCCUGGCCCCGAAAUCGCGAUGAAUCCGAGGAAUCUGCCGACCGCGAACAUCACUACACCUCCCAGCAUCCGAACAGAUGGCAAGACCACCUCAAUAUAUCAUUCUCAGGUGGACGUCUCGACCCAGGUGGAUCUACACGGUGGUUUCGGGGCGCCUGCUGGCAGCAUCAGCAUCGACUGGGAUCGCAGGGCGACCCCGCUUUAUUCACGCGAGGACAUUAAAGAGCAGUAUUGCAUAACCAGCCGGCAAUUGGACGCGGUGGAGAAAUCGGGUGGUGGGUUCUUCGGAUGCCUGUCGACCAGGGGCCCGUCACCUUGCGCCUCCGCGAGGACCUCGAUUCUCUCCGCCUGCGUGAGAAGCGUGCCCAGCGAUGAGAACCUCUGCGACGCCCCUUACCCCCGACGAUCCCUGCAGAUUAUGUACCGUCAACCUUAUCCGACCUACUCGAGGGGUUUGUCUCGUUACGAUUUCGAGGACGAGGCCGACUGGAUCGAGAGUUCCUACUUCCGGCGCAGACCCAGGUCCUUCUGCACCGUCCCCGAUCCAAAAAGGUACACAUGGCUUCCAGAGGACGAAGAAUCGACGAAAUUGGAGGGUCCUCGACCUGUAUUGCCCCCAGCACCCCCGCCACCCACCACGCAAGUACCAAAAACGAAGCACGUGAGUUUCGCGAGAUCGCACACUCUUACGUCGUUUGACGUUCCAAGGAGCAGAAGCCCUCCGAGGCCGCAAAACCAGGAACGCCUUAUAGAUUCGCAGCCAACGAUACAGAACGCAAUGCUUCCUUCGGCCUUACCCUUGAUGCACCCGUAUGCCGCCAACGAGACCCGAGUUAUCGUCCUUGAGAAGCCACCGAAGCGCGGUACGAUGAAAACCCAGGCGACCCAGACGGAGAUUCCAGCCGUGUUCCGGGGUCGAGUCCCCGUUACCCUCAGCCCCAGGACGAUACACCGGGUGAAGAUGGUCUCGCAAGGGGCGCAAACGAACGGUCUGUUCAACGGUAGGAAGCUGACAAAGAGCUACUCGGAGGCUGGUCAACUGGGUACACCGUUGGGCGGAGGUCAGGCUGGUGCAAACGGAAAGGAUGAAACGGAGCACCACGAGCCUCUUCACAGAACGCAGAGCGAGGAACCGCCGAGGUCACCCUUUCUCGUCGAUACGCCACCCCCUCAGGGACUCGGAGAAGAGCCAUUGACCAACGGGGAUAUCUCCGAACCUAUCAUGAGCCAUUCCUUGAGUCAUCGAAGAUCCGUCGAUUUGGACGACCAGGAGAUCCUAAUAGACUUUAAGCCGGCGCCUGUCUCGCCGGACGCUCGCGCCCUUCUCAAUCGUAUGUCCCAGACGACACGAAGGUUCCUGCCCUUACAGAAGACUCUUUCAGACGGUGAAAUUCGCGUGGAGAGACGCGAGCUGAUCGGCGAAGCCGGCGAGCCAAGUUACCCUCAUACGUGCAGGAGGAAUCAUCAGGACUCGUGGGGCAGGACCGUCAGAGCAACCGUCCAAUUCUCCUCGACGCCCGAGGAUCUGUCCCUGCUCAGGGUCGCUUCGCCCCAAGAGGAUCAUCCCGAAGAGGAAUUUCAUGAAAAUCUUAUCCGGCGAGGGCUGUUCCGUAAGAGAAGCGUGUCAUUGGAGGAUGGCGUGCAAGGCUUGGCGUCGGAUGAUUUUAUGCUACCGAGGUCGCUUCCCACGUCUCCCACUUCGCCGACUGCAGUAUCAGCGCCACGAAGGACUUUACAGAGUCCCAAGGACUACGUGUCGCCGACACGGCCACUACGUCAAAGCAGCUUUUGCCCGCUACUCUUCGGCCCUGGAACUAGUAUCACCGGCAUGCUCACAUCUCCGUUCGCAUCGAGCGAUUCGUUAACGAACGACGUCACGAGGGACCACAGCGACGGAAUUUGGAACGAGUCACAGGCGACGGUUCUGCAGGCUGACUCGUUGGCUCUUUUGACACCGUCCUCGAGGAGAAGGCACCUUCUGCUUCUCCAGCACCAGCAACGUUCCUCGAUGGAUACCGAAGCGUUGGAUAUCGAAGAGACGAUGGAGUCACGUCCAUCGAGUCCGAGGAUACGCCUGGAACCGACGACACCUAUUCAACCCUUGACACCAAGGCAAUUACUUCUCAGCGUCGAAUCAUCCGUGACGUUGCCGUUGAACGGCAGACCGAGAAGCGGAUUCCGUCGUCCGAGUCCCGGUCCGCCGUUGUCGCAGCCACAAUCGCAAUCGUCGAGCGAAUUCGGCCUGAGCCUCACCAGAACGGACUCGGGCGGUCGAACCAACACAGACCUGUCCGAAACCUCGACCACCGAGGACUAUGUCACUGCCAACACCUCCACCGAGACUGGGACCACUACAGGCACUUCCGCAACGACCAGUUCCUGGUCGAAGCCCCCGCAAACAUCGAGCGCCGCGGCCUCGGCCUCGGCGACAGCCACUGCCGCGGAAGGAAGCUCUUUCGAGAGCGCCAGCUCGAUUUAUAGCCUAGCCCGCAGCGAGGCCGUCGUUGAAGAGCCAUGCAGCCCACCACCGAUAUUGGAGGAGACGGAAAGUCCAUUCGGAUUGGAGGUACCCCCGUCACCAGCUAGGUCCACGAGCAGCAGUAGUUCGGGCAGUUACGACCUGAAAGAUGCGAUGACAGAUCCAGGUCAGGAACUCGAGCAGCAGACGGCACCGCCGAGCGGACACACCUCGGAGACGGAACUGGAUCGUGACGAAGGUCACCGCUCCUCUUCCGGUGGCUACGCCGAGUCUCCGCCAGAUUUACGCGGCUGGACCGAAGAAGAGCGUCGCAGACGAAGGAAAACCUUCACCCUCGACUUCCUUGCAAGCUCAUCGGGCAUUGAACGCAGCGCAGAAUUGUACGGAGACAACGUCGACGUUAGCCCGACGCCGAGUCAUCGUCAUAGGCCGAGAGGAAAAUCAACGAGCGCCAGAAGUCCACACAAGAACAACAGAAAGCGCGAAACUGUGCAGCAAACGGUUCAGGUGCAGCAGUCGCAGCAACAACAGAUUACCAGGAGCCCUCAGAAAGAGGAUUGGCGCGUGGAACAAGCUGAGGAUGGCGGCCAUGUUCCUACUUCGGACGAUUCUAGCUGCAGUCAUCACUAUCAUAUGCAUCAUCAUCAUCAUCAUCAUAUGCAUCGCGAGAGCGCUGAUGGAAGGCACAGGAGGACGAGGGAGAGUCCCAGGAGGAAGACCGCUGGCUACGUUUCUGUUAGGAGAAGGAGCAACGAGUGGAUUUUUAGCGACAAGAACGCUGCCAUAACAGGCAGCCUUCCACGAAGAAGAUCGCGCGCAGCGGACGACAUAAUGUGUUCGAGGCUGAGUCCGGGUCGUUAUCAACGCAGUCCAGGACACAACGGACAACGGGCGAUGAUCGUUGAGUCGCAGAGCCCAGAGGCUAGAUUAAGGGCUCUUUCAGCGGAAUCGUUGAGAUCCGUGAGCCCAGGGAGCGACAGCGUCUUCUACAGCGAGGGCGCGGAUCAGUGCUUGACCGCCAGCGCCCUCGACGCUCCCCAUUGUCACCAUUGUGGAAGAGAGGUCUCGGAAGAGAUCGUUCGACCGCCGGCAGGUUUCGCGGACUCCCCGGAAGGACACAGGUCCUCCACGCCGAAGCACGUACCCGGCCAUCGGCUGUACAAGAAGUUCGACAAAAGGUAUCGAUCGGAGGAUCGAGGAGACAGAAGGCACCGUCGCAGCAGCGCUGGUAGAUCGGACGUCCGGGCGAAAUCGGAAGAAAGGGUGGCCUCGAGACGAGGAAGCAGAGGAUCUAUCGACGAUACCGCCGCUGGCAGAAAAAGGCUUCACGCGAGGAGCACCGACGUCAGUUUGGAGAUACUUACCGGUCGGGAGGACGAAGACACGUACGUGGAACCGUACACGAGCAGCGAAUGGAUUUACAUCGGCGAUCUCGAGGAGAGUCACGUGUGGAAAAGGCCAGACAGCAGAGACGGCGACGACGAAGUUGCGGAAAGUGUCGCUAAAGAGAGAAGGGGCUCUCAGGAAUCGACGGAGAGCGAAAGAAACUUUAGGAAAAAGUACCAGGCGACGACGCAGAGGAUAGUACACCGAAAGAUAAGCGGGGAAAUGUAUAAAAGGAUACAGACCAAGUGUUUCGAAAGCGACAAAAGGGUGGUGGUGAAACGAGAAGCCGGAGGUGAGUUCGGUUUCCGUAUUCACGGCUCGAAACCCGUGGUCGUCUCAGCUAUCGAGCCCGACACGCCCGCGGAGAGCUCUGGCCUGGAAGUUGGCGACAUUAUAAUGGCGGUGAACGGAAAGAACGUGAUGGACGCGACGCAUUCGGAAGUCGUGAGGCUCGCGCAUUCUGGCACCGACGUCCUUGAACUCGAAGUGGCGAGAACGUGCAACGUACUGGCACCGCGGGUGGCCAGACCUGGUACCAAGGAAGGAAGCGACGAGGCGCCGCUCUGCACCGGAUACCUAUGGAGGAAAUCCGCGACCUCGACCAACACGGACAAGUGGGUGCGAAGAUGGUUCGCCCUGCGCCGCGACAACUGCCUCUAUUAUUACAAGACUGACGCGGAUUCACAGCCAGUGGGGGCGGUGAUGCUGAUAAAGUACGACGUGGAGCAAACGCCCGAGCUGAGGUUACACAGCUUCGCGAUCAAAAAACAGGGCGCACCGACGCUUCGGCUCGCGGCGGACACCGAGGAAGCUGCCGCUCGAUGGACGACGGUCAUCAAGGAAGCGAUCGAAAGAAACGACCAGGUUGACACCUGGUUGGAAUCGUCGCUGAGAAUGCGUGAAAUAGCAGCAUGCGCCAUUCACAGACCAGAUUGCUUCGGAUACCUGAGCAAGCAGCAAGAACACGCCAGAAAAACGUCGUCACCAACCGGUUGGUCCAGGCGAUAUUGCGUACUAAAGGACGCUGCAUUGUAUUUCUACGACGACGCUAAUGCGGAGAAGGCGUUCGGUGUCGCCUGCCUGCAUGGGUUCAGGGUGCAUAGCAGCGCGCCCACUUCCGGUGGCAGGAAACACGCGUUCGAGCUGCAACCACCGGACCCCACGCAGAGAAGUUACAUCUUCGCCACCGAAUCAGAAAUGGACAAGAAACGGUGGCUCGCGGCGCUCGAAUAUUCGAUCGAUCGAUGGAUAAAGAUUGGUUGACAAAGGCCGACCUACCGUACAAAGAAGCAAAGAAGUCGAAGCAGCGAAGAUCCUCUGAGAUGUCCUUCGCCUCUUCCUGUUUCCGGUUCCUAACGAACAUUGUCGAAAAUCACAAAUUCAUCUAUCACCGUCGCCAUUAUCGUCUCGAUUCUCGUUCGCAAAUUCAUCGCGUGGAUCAUGUCGCAAAUACUCUUCAAAUUCGCGAUUCUCCAGAAAUUUCAUUAGCGUUAUUUACUAUCGCUUAAAAGGCUUCGUAUCUCUCUCUCUUUCUCUCUCUCUCUCUCUCUCUCGCUCGCUCCAUUUUUCGAAAUCAUCGAUGAAGAUCCAUCGAUUUGUUUUCACUAGUUCAGUCGAUUAAUUAACUAGGAUUAACGAUAAUAUUCUUUGAAAUCUGCCAUAUUUUUUGCUAUUAGAGAUAUUACCAUCUAAUUGCAAAUUUUUUCAAACGUAAGCCAAUGUCUAAUUGCUGUUUAAUCGCUAACUGUCGAACAAUAUCAGAUUACGCGAAACUUUGUCAAGAAUUCAUUGUCAGGCGCCUCUUGACGAUUUCAAUUUUCUACAAACGUUCUGUAAGUUAUCCGUUAUCUUAUAAAUUUCAGUGAUACUACUCCGAGUUUUGCCACACUCUUCUAGCUGUUUGUGCUAUUUCUGAUUCUCACGAAUUUCGUCGAUCUCGUUGUUUCCAACUGAUACCGAUGCUCGAUUCACUUCGCCAGUUUCUUAGUGUCAUAAACACCAUUUUGUAAUAAUUGCUGAUUGUCAGUGGCAGUGUAUUUAUCGAAAGUUAACAUAGCGCAAUCGAUACUUGAAACACUGUUUCUCAAGGUGUUACAAUUAAAAUAAUUAAUAUUACGCUAGUUGUUUUAUUCGAGCUGUAAAGGAUGUUUGCGUUGUACGAUCCGUAUACCGUUCAAAGUGAUCGAAAGAAUCGUCAGUUCAAACGAGUUUGAUUAAUCGUUAAAGUGUUCAGUAACAAAAGAAUCUCGAUCGAAUAGAUUUUUUUCGUUCCUGAAAAAGAAUCGUAAAUUGUUAAUUAAUUGAACAGUAUAUUUCUAGAGUCAUGUUAAAUGUAUAUAAACACGAAGUUUCUCUUUAAGUAACAUAUGUAAGCUAUAAGAUACAAUUAGAUUUCAUUUCUUUAGACAUUUAUAUUAUAUUUCUGAUAGAUGUUUAUUUAAAAGUAAAAAAGAAGCAACAACUCACUUUCAAUGUCAUUAAGAUAAUUAAGAUGAUCUAGCGUAGUUCCUGCAACUAGUAUCACGAACGAUCAUGAAACGAAUAAAACAAAUCUGUUUCGGAAUCCCUUUCAUUUUCCUACAAUAUACGACGCACAAUUUUUACCGUUUGUAUAAUCGUUACUUUUUCAAUAAUAACUCACUAAGAAUAUAUCAAAGACUUGAAAAAUAUCGCAAGAAAGUUAGAGAACAGUAGCUCUUAUCGUGCAAAAAUGGUGAAUAAGGCUUGAGAAAUACUGUUUCAAGUAAAUAGUCCCGGUAUCGAGUCAGACAAAUUUUCACGCAGUGAAACUCCAUUUAUUCGAAUCGCUAGUGGAUAUUCAAGUCGAUUCGUUGAAAUUGCUAUUUGGACAAACUGCGGAAGCAUAAUAUACGAAUGAAAGGGAGCAAAAAAUAUUAUAUGAAAUUUAGAGUAAACGCUUCGUUACACAGUUGUGAACAAAUAUUGAAUGAAACAUAUAACAAUGGAUUUUGUAAUACAGAAUAUGAAAGGUCGGUCGUAUUUAUUAAAAACGCUUAAAAGAAUUAAUUUUCCAUUUCGGAAUAUGGUAGUGAUACGGAAUUUACUAUCAUCGAUGUGUUCCGAUAAAUGGAGUUCUGCCGUAAGUACUCGUAAUCUUCGUGAUUCAGGACUCGUGCUCGUGAUUUAGCAGAUUUUUGUAUUGUUAAAAUCAGCUUUUGGAUUCCGUUUUUAUAUAUACAAACGUUGCAUACUUUACCGAUACACAGGAAUUGAAAUCACACACGAUAAGCAUGGAACACUUGCAGAAAAAGAACAGGACAUGCAAAGAAACGAAAGAAUCGUUUAUUCACCGAUUGUGUCUUGUAUUAAUUAGAACGAUUCCAACCGAUUUUUCUCUUACAGAAUUAGAAUUCGAUUUUUAGCUUUUAAGAGGGUUUAAACUGUCGUCCACCGCGUUACACACGAAUUUCCAUUGAGAACUGCUCACGAAAGCUCGAACAACAUAGAAUCGAAACAUCCUCGCGAGAAAAUAUACCCAAUGUCCAGCAUUGACCAGCAAACACUUGGACGUUGUUGUAACGUUUAUUAAACGCAACAUACGCUACCACGACGAACGAUAACGAAAGACAGCUGGAAAUAUGUACAGAAUCAGUUUGUUCCGUCGUUCGAGCUGUACUUGUUUUAUAAAUUUAAGUAAGCAUAUUUAUGUCUACAGACUCGAGCGAAAAAUAUCGUUUAACGCGUAAGAAUUGUGAAAUGUUAGCAGCAUUCGUCGAUCACAGUCAGAUAAAUAAGAUGCAAUUGAACGAAUGAAAUUUUUAUUCGCAAUGGAUAAAACCUUCGUUCGAGCGAUAAUCGUUUGCUCGCGUGACUGGUCGAAAAGAGUCACUCGAAUAAUUAUCGGCAUUAUAAGAAUCAUAAAGUUGCGAGAGUAAUAUCAAAGGCUUACUUAUCCGACUGAUCUUCAAACGUACCAAGAGGUCAAAAAAAAAAAAAAGAAAAAAAUGGCAAGGAAAAAAUCAAAAGUGUGACGUCGCAAAAGUUUUCCAUAAGCGAGGAAAACUUGUUGGCCGAGUGAAUGCUUUCUUGCGCGUGCUUGUUGCGUGAGCAUACGAACGAUUCGACAACUAACAUCGCACGCCCUCGUGCGUACAUGAAAUUGCCGCCAUCGCAUCGCUAUUCUUACCGCUAAUAUUUUUAUCGAUAUCGAGAAACCACGCGAAUCGUGAACACAAACGGAGGAGCAAAGAAUGAUUUCUUUCGAAACAGCGAAGAGCGAAAAAUAAUUUCGAGCAACGAGAACGAAGAGUAUUUCGAACGAAGAAACGAAGAACGAUCGAGUUGAUCGCGACAGAAAUCGAUAAUAGUGGGCUUCGAGGGCUGGAGAACGGAAGAGGAACAAGGAGGAACGAAGGACAAGUCGAAGAGUCGUGAUUCGUAAGGCGAGAGAAGCCAGCAAAAAUUGAACGACAGACCGCUCAAAAAAUGCACAGAUAAUAAAAUAGGAGGUUUAAUACAAUUGUAGAAUGAAGUGCGUCAAUUAUUUACCUGUCACCCUUCGAGCUGGUUUGAAGGACGUUGGUUUUAUCGCUGUUUAGAUGAUGCAGUGUUUUUUUCAUGGUAGGAGAAUCCUCUUACCGCCGAGAAAGCCGGACAGCGGUCGCUUUGCUUGACCAGUGGACAAUCUUUCGUUGGUGUAUGGCCAAAUAAUUUCCAGAAACAUUCGCUACCGUACCACGUUUGUUGUUUCACUUUUGGAUUCACGUUUCAAUUACGUUCGUACUUGACAAUGAGUUGGUAAGUUAUUCGUGUAGAAUUUUUACGUUUUUUCUGGUCUACUGAAAGAAUGGUUGACUUUAGGUAUAUUCCGUCGGUAGAGGUGUACUGUUUGGGUUGUUAGUAGAUGUAUGUGUCUAUAAUUGAUUGGAGUAUGAAUAAAUAUGACGACAAUUACGAUGUCUUCAUCGUUGACGAAGUAAUUGUAGAGUAUAUUCCGUACGUGAUUUGAUUAAAUGUUGAAUGAUAUUAGAGAAUGAGUCAUGUAAUUGGAACUGGUUGUGAAAGAAGAAGAAGAAGAAACAAGGCUUAGAACUUUCGAUUUAUUAAACUUGACAGAUUUUUUUUAGCGGAUGGAAGCUUCGGGAUUUUGUUACUUCGGCGUAUUCGAACAGUGAGUAAUUUUACAAAGUUGCUUGAUCCGUAUAGUACGAAUAUAUCCAAAUAUAUGAUUCACUCUGUAUAUUAGAGAACUCUAUGCAAAGUAAAAAGAAAAAGCGCACAAAUUCAAAUUUGUCAAUUUAUCGAAGAAACAUACGAUAUCGGUUAAGGUCUAGAAAAUUCGCAAAUACGUGAAAAAAAAUAAAGAUAUUAGCGAUUACGUGAUAAUAUAUCUUGCGUAAAAGAUAGCAUUUCUUCGUUUCUAUCAAAAUCAAAUCACAACAUUUUUUGAUUCUAAGUUAACUGAUUCGUUUGUCGACAUUUUUUAAGCUUUAAGAAUAAGAAUUUUUAUAAAGCGUGUGACGAAAGAAAAGAUUGCGUAAUAUUAUUGUAAUAAAGUAGAAUCAGUGUGAUUGUAAAAGUACAAAGGGUCAAAUGUAACCGUGUCCGUCUUUCUAGUGCCAAAACUAAAAUUAAUUAAUUGAACCAACCGAGAUUGUAAUAAAUGUCGUUGAGAGAAAAUUAUA